AAAAGCCUCCCAAGACUUCCAAGACUCUGAAGCUUUCCAGACAACGUACAAGAGCCCUGCACGUGCACAUUCUGCUUAGACACCAUUUGUUAAGUCCAGUGGCCCUGUUCAAGCGGGUGGACAUCCCCCAAGUACGAUGCCCAGCAUGGUGACACCAUCGGAAGUGACCGAAACCCUGCACGUUGCAGCGAGAAGAGCCUCUAGCGAGCAUCCGAUCGCAACACGCCGGAGAUUUGAUCGUUUGCUUUCUGGAAGCUUGCUCGGCAAUCCAAUUGACUGGGAACCUGAUCUCAGGAAUCAGGAUCGUGCAGUUCUGGGCUGGCGACUUUAAAAGGUCAUCUCUCACCUCCGCUCUUCUUGCGGUUCUUCUUUCUCCCCCCCCCAACCCCUCGUCACCUCCUUCCUUACAAACCUCUUCGAUCAGACCAAGAGGAAAAAAAAAUGCAGGUUCUGUCGUCCCUCUUCGUGCUGGCAGCUGUGACUUCCUUCACAGCUGCUCAGACUCACCAGCGUCUGGGUGGCUGCCCUGACCUGGGCUGCGUGUUCCCUCCGGACCAGGCCGACUUCCUUGCUGGCCAGUUCUUCGAUAUUCGUCUCGAGGUCCACUCCCCCGUCAACGGCUCCGAGGCCCGCGUUGGUGAACCUGACCCUAACUUUACCUUCACAAUCGCCAAGAAGGGUCAUGAGGCUGUAUCGGCUACGAAGUUCUUCAAACAGGAUGAGCCUAAGCUGGAGCGCUGGGACUUCAGCUGGUACGAGGAUCGCUUCGCUGAGGACGCUCUCACACCCUCUGUUGUCAACGUCACUUCCAAGAUCUUCCGUCGUGUGGCUCUCUACGAGCCCGGUGAGUACGAGGCUACUCUGACUUACUACGGAACCCGGAAGACCGUGGCCAACUGGCUCGUUCGGGAGAUGCCAACCAAGCGUCGUGCUAAGAACGUCAUCCUUUUCAUCGGCGAUGGAAUGACCACAAACAUGAUCACUGCUGCGCGCCUCAUUGGCCACAAGAGUAUUAACGGCAAGUACAUGUCCAAGAUGGCCCUGGACAAGUUCCCCGUCUUGGGCCACCAGAUGACUCACUCGAUGGACUCUUUCAUCACCGACUCGGCCAACUCUGCAACUGCCCUGUACAGUGGCCACAAGACCACCGUCAAUGCUCUCAAUGUGUACGUUGACUCCUCCAAGAAUCCAUUCGAUGAUCCCAAAUUUGAGACCAUUGCGGAGAUCUUCCGCCGUCAACACCCUAAAGCCGGUGUCGGUAUCCUCUCGACUGCUUUCUUGGCCGAUGCCACUCCCGCUGCCUUGACUGCUCACACCAGCAAGCGUGGUGAGUACGACCAUGUCAUCAGCACCUUCUACGAGGGCCUGACCAACUAUACCUGGACGGAAUGGACCGGCCCUGACGUUCUUCUCGGCGCUGGUGCUGAGAACUUCCUGAAGUCCGAGGAGGCCAAGCGCGAGUACUAUGACUUGUUUGCGAAGAAGAACUACAACAUUGCUUGGAACAAGACUGCGCUGCAAAAGGCAGCAGAUGGGGACAAGCUGCUGGGUGUCUUCUCCAAGUCCAAUCUCCCAGUUUGGCUGGACCGCAAUGUCUACACCGCCAACCUCUUGAACCAGACCAACUAUCCAGAUGGUUCUGGCCGCGACGCUGAUGAUCUCCCCGGCCUCAAGGAGAUGACUCUCAAGGCCAUCGAUGUGCUGCACAAACGCAGCGGCAAGGAGGGUUGGUUCAUGAUGGCCGAGGCUGCCAGCAUCGACAAGCAGAUGCACACUCUGGACUAUGACCGUGCCCUGGGUGACCUGCUCGAGCUUGAUGACACCGUUAGUGCCACCAUCAAUAAGCUGAAGUGCAUGGGCGAGCUGGAGGAUACCCUAAUCAUCGUCACAGCUGACCACGGCCACGGUUUCGACGUCACUGGCUCCGUCGACACCAAGUACAUGGAAGCCCAGCACGACGACCGCAGCAAGCGCAAAGCUAUCGGCAACUACGAGAACUCCGGUCUGUCCCAGUAUACCGUUGGUGGACCCAAUGCCCUGCGCUACUCGGAGGGUGUUCACUUCCCCAGUCACUGGGAUCCCCGCUAUACCCUGCACGCUGGCCUGGCUGCAUUCCCCGACCACCGUGAGAACUACGAGGUUCACAAGGACGGCCCACGCACCCCCGCUGUAUCUGCUAAGGGCGAUAAGAUGGGGAGCGUUGCCAACUACAAGGAUGCCGUCACUGGGUAUCUUAUCAAUGGAACCCUGCCUGUGGAUGCCACUCAAGGUGUCCACUCGCUGACCGACGUGCCUGUGUUUGCACGCGGUCCCUGUCAGGAGCUCUUCGGUGGAGUUAUCAACUCUAUCGAUGUCUUCUUCGGCAUGGCUGAAUGCCUGGGCUUGUCGGAGAGCAAGUGAGACAAUGACCAAGAGAGAAAACAUGCUUGGCUCUGGAUACCAGACGCUGCAUGAAAGUGAGCUAGCAUUUUAUUUGGAUCUUUAGAUCAACCAAAGCAAUAAAUUCGAGAAGGUUUAAUAUUCAAUUCCGCUUUAGAGGUCUUUGAAAUUCAGUGGGCCCAGUUCCGAUAUUAUCAUAAUGUUAAACGCCAAGUCUACAGUGUUAUUCUCGGGGAAAUAAAAUCGUGUUGAUAUAGGUAGGAACCUCGGAAACCGAGCAGAAUAGGGCAUGGAAUGUAC